GUAGAGGGCAGCAGAGGGCGAGCGUCAGAGAAACAAAACGAGCGGAGUCCUGAAAACACUGCAGGAGGAUGCAGUGUUAGCAUAGCCGAGUAAAGAUAACAAAUGUUCAUAAAUCUGCGUUAAACAUGAAAUUGUAUUGUCUCUCUGGUCAUCCUACACUGCCUUGCAAUGUCCUCAAGUUCAAAUCCACCACUAUCAUGCUGGACUGUGGGCUGGACACCACCUCUGUCCUCAACUUCCUGCCCCUUCCUCUCGUGCACAGCCCCAGACUCUCCAAGCUUCCUGGUUGGGUCUCUAAGGAUGGAUCAGCAAACCUUGAGAAGGAGCUGAAGGAGUGUGCAGGAAGAGUGUUUGUGGACUCACAGCCAGAGUUCUGUCUCCCUGAGAGAGAACUGCUGGAUCUGUCCACCAUUGAUGUCAUCCUGAUCUCUAACUACCACUGUAUGAUGGCCCUGCCCUACAUCACUGAACACACCGGCUUCACUGGGACAGUCUACGCCACAGAACCCACCCUGACCAUUGGCAGACUGUUUAUGGAGGAGCUGGUGAACUUCAUGGAGAGAGUUCCCAAAGCCCAGUCUGCCACGUGCUGGAAAAAUAAGGAAAUGCAGAGGAUGCUCCCUGGGCCCCUGAAGGAUGUAGUAGAUGUGUGGGCAUGGAAACGAAGCUACAGCAUUCAGGAGGUCAACUCCGCCCUCAGCAAAGUGCAGCUUGUGGGAUAUUCUCAGAAAGUGGAGUUGUUUGGAGCGGUACAGGUCUCCCCUUUAAGCUCCGGUUACUCUUUGGGCAGCUCUAACUGGAUCAUCCAGUCUCAUCAUGAGAAGGUUUCCUAUGUGUCGGGUUCUUCCCUACUCACCACACAUCCUCAGCCAAUGGACCAGAGCUCCCUAAAGAACAGUGAUGUUCUGAUUCUGACCGGCCUCACCCAGAUGCCCACCGCCAACCCAGACGGCAUGCUGGGAGAAUUCUGCAGCAACCUUGCCAUGACGAUUCGAGCAGGAGGCAACGUGCUGGUGCCCUGCUACUCCUCGGGGGUGAUCUACGACCUGCUGGAGUGUCUGUACCAGUUCAUCGACAGCGCCAACCUGGGGACCACGCCCUUCUACUUCAUCUCCCCCGUCGCCAACAGCUCGCUGGAGUUCUCUCAGAUCUUCGCUGAAUGGUUGUGCCACAACAAGCAAUCAAAGGUGUAUCUUCCAGAGCCCCCAUUCCCCCACGCAGAGUUGAUCCAAACCAACAAGCUGAAGCACUACCCCAGUAUCCACGGAGACUUCAGCAGUGAGUUCCGGCAGCCCUGCGUUGUGUUCACGGGUCACCCCUCUCUGCGCUUCGGGGACGUGGUUCACUUCAUGGAGCUGUGGGGCAAAUCCAGCAUCAACACCAUCAUCUUCACUGAGCCAGACUUCUCCUACCUGGACGCUCUGGCUCCCUACCAGCCGCUGGCCAUGAAGUGUGUUUACUGUCCCAUCGACACACGGCUCAACUUCCACCAGGUGUCAAAGCUGCUCAAGGAAGUCCAGCCCCUCCAUGUGGUGUGUCCGGAGCAGUACACCCAGCCCCCCCUGACCCAGUCCCACCGCUCUGAUCUCAUGCUGGAGCUGCAGCCCCCCCCCAUGCCCUACAGGCGCUGCUCUGUGCUCAACCUGCCCCACAGACGCCGCUACGAGCGCGUCUACAUCCUGCCGGAGCUGGCCAACUCCUUGGUGCCCUCCGAGAUCAAACCUGGCAUCUCCCUAGCAACGGUGUCUGCAGUGCUGCACUCCAAAGAUAACAAGCACACACUGCAGUCGGUGCCCAAACCCCCUCCAGUGGCCCCCAGCAAGAAGAGGAAGCGGGUGCUGGAGGAGCCUCCGGCCGUGCUGGCCCCCAAAACCCUGCUGAGUGGAGCUGUGCCCCUGGAGGCCUUCCUCGCCACGCUGCAAAAGCACGGCUUCACAGAAGUGAAGGUGGAGGAGACGGCGGACGGACACAUUCUGCACCUGCAGGCGGAGGACACUCUGAUCCAGCUGGAGGAGGACGGGACUCACAUCGUCUGUGACAACAACGAGCCGCUGCGCACCACCCUGAGAGAUCUGGUGCUGCGCUUCCUGCAGAAACUCUGACCUCAUCACGCCUCAGUAUUGUUAGUUUUUCUAACAGUUCUUCUGCUUUAUUGGACUACAAAGGUAAAAAGAGAUGAUGAUGGUGGAGGAGGACGAAGAGCUGUGAACUGGACUGUCCCACCUAAGUAACUGUCGAGCCAUAUUUUGUAAAAUAGUAUUUUGUAUUAAAAAAAUGUUUUUGUUAGAUCA